CAAAGAGAUCUGCGUAAACAAAAUCUAGUGGCGUCUUUAAAAACAUAUUAUUCAUAGAAAUCAUACACGAUGACCACUGCGGCCCGUCCCACGUUUGAUCCCGCGCGCGGAGGAAGCGGACGCGGUGAAAAAGAUUUGAGUGCACUUUCCAAACAGUACAGCAGCCGCGACUUGCCUGGACACACGAAGCUGAAGUACAGGGACCAAGGGCAAAACUCGACCGAUGAGCUGCGUAGCCGUGAUUUCCGUGAAGAGCUCGAGAAGCGCGAACGUGAAACGAAGCAGACCAAAGGCUCCGCUGUGCCUGUCGCCCGGCGCAGUGUCGACCAAGGGACGGCAGCGAUUGCCGGAGGCCCAUCCAAACGGCAAAAAUUGGACGCUCCCCAGAACCUGGACGCGGACGAUCCCGUUGACAGCGAAAACUCGGACUCGGACUCGGAUGAGGACGAUACGGCCGCACUGUUGGCGGAGCUGAACAAAAUCAAACAGGAGCGUGCUGCUGACAUGGCGAAGAAGGAACGCAGCAAACAGCAGGAAGAGGAAAAGAUUCGCAUGGAAAACAUCCUGUCCGGAAACCCGCUGUUGAACUAUUCGUCGACCGCCAAAGCCGAAAUGAAAGUGAAGCGCCGCUGGGAUGACGAUGUGGUGUUCAAAAACUGCGCCAGGUCCGAGCCCGAGAAGAAAGCCAACCAAUUCGUCAACGAUUCCCUGCGGUCAGAUUUUCACAAAAAGUUUAUGGAUAAGUACAUUAAGUAAGCUACUACGUAAAUAAUCCGCUUGUACCCUUCAGCAUGAUGUCACAUUGAAAUAAAACUGUACAUUUAUAUGG